UCCCCACUGAGAGAAAGAGAGGCUGCAUGUGGAAAGCCAUGGGAGGAGAGCAAAAGAGGAGAAGCAUUGAGCUCUUGGUUACCAUCGGAGAAUAGUAAAGCAACUUGCCAGCUCUCUGGAGAAAUGACAAUCACAUGUGAGAGGUUCGGUUUACUGAUGGUUCUUAAUCUUCCUCCUCCAGUUCUUUUAAAGUGUUUUGGGAAUGUGCCAAGACAUGGAUAUACGUAUGCCACGUGGGAAAUGUGAAGGUUCGUGGAGAAGCGUUUAGAAUGGAUGACAUGGAUGGAGACUAACUGACAUUUUUCACUGGGGUACACAUUUGGCCAAGGGUGAGGAAAAAAAUAUGUCACUGUUUUCUGUUUGAAAAGCUGUGAGGUGACAUAGAUUCAGUUUGAAAAGCUGUGAAGAAUUUUGCUCUAUUCUUUUUUUUGAAACUUUAACCUGAUGUGACUUUGCAAGGGAGAGAAGACAUGAGAGCAGGGGAAGUUGGGGACUCUUGUAAAAUAUGACAAAUACAAUAAUGUUUACUACCCUUUCCUCUCAAAAGCUCAUACCAUCCUGCAGGUAUGGAGAUGCAUUAGGAUAAGAAACAGUCGGUUCAGGUUUCCUUUUUAGGGAACAAACGCACAUUCUGUGCUUAGAGAGAAGCAAAGUUUUUCAAAGGCUGUUUUAACAUCAAGAUGAAAUUUACAUUUUUCUGAUCAUAGGUGACAUUUCUAACAUGAAUGUGGCUUUGGCAAGGGUAGAUAGAGUGCAAGGAUGUGAAGGAUGUGGAGCUCCACCUUCAAAAAAAUUUUUCUUUUCAUGAAGACAUGAGUCACAGUCAGUUCUAGAUUUGGAUUAUGCUAUUUUUAAGUACUGAAAGAAGGCUACAGCGGGUUUUGGAAUACCCAACUUCAUGCAUAUUAAAGUAUACUUUAGAAAUCAUGGAUACACGGGAUGCUUUGUAGUAUUCUGUCAGUAAAUGUUUCUGAACUUUUUUCUUUGGUUUAUCUUUACCGGCGCUGAGUUGACUCUACGAACCUGCAUGGCAACAACAUGUCCGAAGUGAUCUCUUACACUAUCAGGACCUCCAGUACUCUUGAGUCUAACCCUUGGCCUUCACCUCUACCUGAUAACACCUCACACUACAGGUGUAAGGUGAGCGCCUUAGCCCGCAACGGGAUGGAGACCCAAACACUAAACUGGUCACAACACAAUGGUGCAGGAGAUUCUGGAUCUCAUUGUGUUCACUCUGAGUCAAUGGUGGAGAAGAACUGGCCGGCGCUACUGAUUUUGGUCGCCAUUGGCGUCACGGUCAUGGGCAACAUCUUGGUGAUCCUGGCGGUUUCCCUGGAGAAAAAGCUGCAGAACGCAACCAACUACUUUUUGAUGUCACUGGCAGUGGCUGACAUGCUGCUUGGCAUUUUGGUGAUGCCGGUUUCCAUGGUGACCAUCCUCUAUGAUUACAAAUGGCCUCUCCCCUUUGACCUUUGUCCUAUCUGGAUCUACCUGGAUGUGCUGUUUUCCACAGCAUCCAUCAUGCAUCUCUGCGCCAUUUCACUGGAUCGAUACAUCGCCAUAAGAAACCCGAUCCACCACAGCCGUUUCAAUUCUCACACUAAGGCUCGAAUUAAGAUCAUGGCUGUGUGGACCAUUUCAGUGGGGAUAUCAAUGCCAAUUCCUGUGUUAGGACUCAGAGACCACUCUAAAGUGUUUAAAAAUGGAAACUGCCUGCUGACAGAUGACAAUUUCGUACUGGUGGGCUCCUUCAUUGCCUUCUUUGUUCCUCUAAUCAUAAUGAUUGUCACGUAUUUCCUGACCAUCAGCGCCCUACAGAACGAGGCCACACUCUGCUUGGACCGGCUUGUUCCAAGACCAAAAUGGAGCACCACCUUCACACUAAGCUUCUUUCCUCAAAGCUCUGUCUCAUCUGAUAAACUGUUCAGGCGCUCUAUUAGCCAAGAGGUUGGACGAAGAGUAAGCAGCAGUGGCCUAAAUGGUGCUCGGUGCAGCUUCUCUGGUGGGAUGUUCGGAAGGCGAACUAUGCAGUCCAUCAGCAAUGAGCAGAAAGCAUCAAAGGUGCUGGGGGUUGUGUUUUUCCUCUUUGUAGUCAUGUGGUGUCCAUUUUUUAUCACCAAUGUAUUGAUGGUUGUGUGCCACCACCACAUUUGCCACCCAGAGGUCAUGGAGGGUCUGCUGAAUAUUUUUGUCUGGGUUGGAUAUUUGUCUUCAGCUGUCAACCCACUGGUCUACACACUUUUUAACAAAACGUAUCGCACAGCUUUCAUGCGCUAUAUUCGCUGCCAGUAUCAGCCAGAAAAAAAACCUCUUCAACUCAUACUGGUGAACACCAUCCCACCUCUGGCUUUCAACUCCUCUCAGUUAGCCCUGGGUGACAUGCGGAAGUUACAAAAUGGAACAAUGCACUGUGAGAAGGAGGGAAGGGGAAUCUGCUUGCCUGGGAGGGAAACAGAGCAGGAUAAACAGAGCAAAUGCGAAAGAGACAAAGAUGAGAGCAGUGUGUAGCAAAUGUCAAAACAAAACCCUGGUUUACAGUAGAUCUGUACACAUCCUUGUUCAGCUAAAUCUCAUUCUUCACCUCUGCAGUAAUUUUAAGUGUGUUUGUUUUCUAAAUAGUUUGUAACUGACUUUUGAUCAUACAAGACCCAUGGAAACAGAGUAAAACCUAUCACUAAUUCUUUGAGGGGUUUAUUGAAGAUUCAGAUUUUCAAUUUGUGAUCCAACUUCUUUAUAAUGAAAUGUCUCCUUGUGAAGAAAGAUAUACAGUUCAAGACAACCAGGCAUGAAGGAUAUAACCUUUUCUAGAGUAAUUGUAUUUUUGUACAAAUGUGCUUCCCUUUGGCACUUACCUGGUAUAAACACAGCAGCUCAUACCCUCUGACAAAUGCCUGACACCCUACCUUCCAUCAAACUGAACCUUUGGGUGAAUCAUCCGGGAUUAUACUGGAUUUGCUCCCACUUUAUGAAAAGAAGGUGUCAGAAAGGGGAAGCCUGGCACACCUUGACUCCACCCACAAGGGUCAUAUUACCCAACCCACGAUAAAAAAAACUAUUCUGUUCUGCAGAACCUCUGUAUGAAUAAGAACAAAAAUGCGAUAUUUUCAAGUGAAAAAUGGUUGUUAUUGUAUUAUAUUGCCAACAUGAAGACUUCAAAAUGAGAUUUUGAUGGCAGAAAAUAAAGUGAAUUUAAAUAUUGAUGUAUUCCUUGUAAAAUCUUCAGCUCAUACUAUAUGGUGUUGUUAAAAAAUCAUUAGUGCACAAUGUACAUCGUCUCAAUCAUAACACAUGGUGUCCAGUGCUCUGAUAGAUGGUUAACACUUGUUUAAAGUUUUGUAUGAAAAUCUGUAAAUGUGGAACUUCUGCAACAGACUUCAAAAAGUGUCUCAAUUCAGAAUGCGGGUUGAGGCCAGAGUAUAAUAUCGGAUAUCACCUUCUGGGGCUCAAGGUAAUUUCAAAAGAAGUAUGUUGUGUGGCAUUUAUAAAACAAACUUUUAAAAUUCCAUUGCAAAAAGUAAAUGGGGAUAUGUGAUCUGGUCUAUCUGGCUUAAUUUUCUGUUUUUUAACAUGUAGACUAUUUCAAUAAAUAUAACCUUUUUUAUUCUUUUCCUUGGGUUUUGGUCUUGCCAAAUUACAUUUUUUUUUUCAACCAGUUUGAUUUCCUUGAUAUAAAUAGCUUAUUUCAGCAUCUUUAAA